GCACUUUUUUCAAACCAGCAAGUCGAUAGCGUGGGUGCUCCCUGAAGAGAGAAGAUGAAGCGGAAGCAAGCGACCGCCAUGGCAACAACUAGCAGCGAGGAAGAAACCUCACCCUCGAAGAAGAAAGUCAAAGCGUCAGGGACAAAUGCACGUGAGAGAAAUGCACAUUCGCAGGAGGUAGAUGAAGCGAUCGACGUCCAGGGAUUUUUGCUGCAGGAAUGUCAGGCAUCUUCCAAGAAAUUGGUAGAACAAGCAAAAUUGCGAGCAGCAGAGCUACGGCAAGAGAUGGAGGAGGGCAAGAAAGUGCUGCUGGAUGCACUCGAAGCGGAGAAGGAGAAUCUCGGCAAAGAUGGGAAUGCCAUUCCGCGAGCAUUUACAAUUUUUGUGCGGGCUGUUAGUGGGCCGUACCGAGGACGAAAGUUUUCUAUGGACAUUGACGUGAAACGACAGUCGUCUUGCUUUAUUGGACGUUCUACUGGACGAAAAUUCCGUCCACCACGAGGCCUGAGUAUGCCGAAAGACUCUGAGCUGUCGACCUCACACGGAGAGGUCAAAUUGGAGACGACAGGAAAAGUUUUCUUUAUCGACUCGGAAAGUACUAACGGCACCCGUAUCGACGAUGUGGAAUUGGAGCCGAAAAAGCCAUACGAGCUCACAAUUAGCAAACCCAUAAAAGUGGAGGUCGGUGCUGGCGAGUACGAGUUCAUAUUCGAGCAGAAGGCAUAGAUCAAGAUGCCAUCGCGUGGCAUUUCUCGUCGACUCAGGAGAACCGCAGAAAGUAGCACCGAGUUACUCAGUUAUUAGCGGCUGC